AAGUGCAAGUUAUUUGGUGGUGCUGCACUCACCAACACCUGACGUCGACGACAACAAGUUAUACACACACAGAAAAUAAAAUAAAGCUCACAACAAUUAGCAAGUUAUAUUUCCAUUAUUAUUGUACAUGGCUGUAACUCUAAUUGUUGCUCAAAGCUGAAUCGCACCAGACUAACUGACCUCACAUUAGUUGACCUGAUCACCUACCCACCACUUCACACUGUACGGACACAAAGGAGCCGGGACGACCUUCAACCUUGAAAAAAGUGUGUUUAAAAGUAAACAGGAAAGUUGAGGAAGAGAGAAAGAACGACUCGGACCAAUCAAGGGCGAUUAUGCACACCUUAGUAGAGAUGAAUGCGGGGAAUGGCGGAGGUCAAGGGGCACAUGUGCCUGCUUUCCUCGCCAAAUUGUGGAAACUCGUUGACGACCCGGUCACUAAUGAUCUGAUUUACUGGAGUGAGGUAAGUCCUUACAGAUCUCUGCCUGGUAACAGCUUUGUGAUUCGAAACCAAGCCAAAUUCUCCAGAGAGUUACUCCCACUUUACUACAAGCACAACAACAUGGCUAGUUUCGUACGACAGUUGAAUAUGUACGGUUUCCAUAAAGUGGUCUCCGUGGAACAGGGUGGACUCAAAUUAGAAAAGGACGAGAUGGAAUUUGCUCAUCCCUUCUUUCUCAGGGGAAAUGAGGCUUCCUUGGAGCUCAUCAAGAGAAAGAUUCCAGCUCCAAAACAUGAUGACACGCGUCGUCCGGAUAAUUUCCAAAAGGUGCUGCUGGAUGUGAGGCAGAUGAAGGGCCGUCAAGAAAAUAUGGACACUAAACUGCUCACUAUCAAACGUGAGAAUGAGGCUUUGUGGAGAGAACUCGCAACACUUCGUCAAAAACAUGCCAACCAGACGACGAUUCUAAGCAAGAUUUUACAGUUCCUGGUGGGCGUCAUGUCUUCUCGAAAUCACAGGCUGGGUUUCAAAAGGCGCAGCAUGCCCCUCAUGCUGAAUGAUACUGACGAAACAAAGCCGAAGACUCGUCGGCGUAAUGAGGUUGAGGGACAAGUCCAAGUUCAAACUGCAUCAGGGCCUGUUAUUCAUGACGUGACUGAACUUUUCGAAGAUUCCGACGGUGGGGUGGGUGAGGACUAUGACAGCGGAGGUGAAGGCUGCAACCCACAAGUUGACUCACCCCUCGCACCCGAAUCCAUAUUGGGUUUGGCUAGUAAUCAUCUGGAAACUGCUGCAGCGGAACUAUUGUCCGCAGAUCCCAAUGGUCGUCAACGGACCAACAGGUCGCUGCAAGCCGUUCCUAGUAGUAGUAGUAGCAGCAGUGCCGGAAAAGAGAAAGUUAGUCGAAAACGGGUCCCACAGACUCCUACUACAUCAGUUGUUGAAAUGAGCAAGCCGACCAGCGUGGCACAACCAAACCAUCAAGUCGCUAUCGAGGAGUCUGAAGAAAACAGCGGAGAUGGUUUCUUAGAACCAACUGGAGAAACGACGUACUACAUCACGGGAGCCAAUGGUGAACCCCUGAAAGUUUGUCUGACAAUUCCGGAAGUUACGACGACUCAAGGCUCGCAUGACCUUGUUCUGCCAAUCGCAACGACAACAAGUAGUGGAAACAUGCCAGUUGGAAUGGAAUUGAUGGUGACACCACAACAACAGCAACAACAAUUUGUGGAACCCACUGCUAGCGCCACAGCUUCAAGAAAUAUGAGUCCACAAUACAACCUGAAAAGAAACAAUACUAUUGCCAAGAAAGAGGAUUUGGAUGCCCACUUGGAUGACAUGCAACUGGGGUUGGACAAUUUGCGUGACAUUUUGAAGAGCGACGAGUACAAGAUGGACACGUCGACUCUGCUUGGGGUAAGCAGCUGGCCGAGUGGUGCCUCGUCACUUUCAGACCCUCUUCUGCAGCUCUUUGGAGAUGGUGAACUGAAUUUGGAUUUUUCAAAAUUAAACGAUGGGAAUGACGGAGGGGUGGGCACGAGUAGUUCCUCCUCCGGACAGGAAUUGGUCUCUUACAACCCGAGCUUGUUUGAACUCACGGAGGACGAUUCUCAUUUCUUUGACGAUUCCAGCAACAUGUUUCUCGACGAUGAACUUCAGAGCAUGUUGACCACAGAUAGAGAAAAAUUGAAGCAGUCUACCACCCAGGAGAAGCAAGGCUUCAGCUCGAGCUCCAACCUUUCGACGAACGGAGAAGAUAUUGCCAACAAUGUGGUCGUGGCUCAUGGAUCUCAGAUCAUCAGGAACAACAGCGGAUUGACAACCCCCACGACAUCAUCCUCACCCACUGUACUUCAACCCCAAACCCCAUCCCCCGCUGUGCCCACCGGGGCUGGGAGGAGGAAGAGAAAGUGAAUUCAACAGAGUGAACCACUCGGCAUGAACUUUUAAGAUAGAUUUUCAAGUUUAAAAUAUAUUUAUAAUUUCACUUCCUUCCUUCCUUCCAUCCUUUGGUUAUUAUGGUAUUUUAUACAGUUAGAGGACUUAAUGUUUAACAUAUAUUAUAAAUAUAUUUAUAUAUAUUUAUUUAUAUAUAUUAAAUAUAUAUAUAUAUGUAAACUGUAUGUAAACUUUUUAAAGUUGUAUAUUAUCCAAAUUAUCACCUUGCGGGAUAGAUUAAUAUAUUACAAUUGGUUUAUUCGUUGCUUCUGAGAGGUGCUGCAUUUUAAGCAGAUUGUAGUUUGAAGAAAUUUAUCAUGUUUUGGAGUAGUGUGUUGAUUGGCAUCUUUGCCAAGAUUCAAAUUGUUUAAAAUUAUCAAAUUAAGUAGCAUGAUGUUUAGGUCAAUAGUUGUUUCAAAUUUGUUAGAGAUAGUUGCCACUAAACAAAUGAACAAGACGAGCGAGAUCGUCUUUAAUUAAUUGUCAUCGCUUUCUAAGAUGAUAUUUCCUAUUAACAAUCCAUCAUAAAUUUUAAGAUGUUUAAAUCUAUAGUAAUGUCUUGUUAGUCUAACUCAGCGCCUGGUUAUUCAUAAUACGGUACGGACCACGCAAGGCUGAAUUUGAACAGAGUUGUACAUUUUUAGAUACAUUAGAAAAAGGAUCUUGGUAUAUACACACAUUUAGAAGUGUAGUCCCGAAUCUAUAGACUAAUCUAUACACUCUAAUCUAACAGACGAUUCUAACUGUUAAACUCUAAAAUCACAAAACAUUUUACAUAGUUCCACAUCAAUCGAAUGUAUUUGAAUUUGAAUGUAUUACUACAAUUUAAAGGUUGUACAUGCAUAUUUUAAAGCAAAUCUAGACUAAUCAGUACUUGCGUCUGAUCGAUAUAUAACCUUAAUUAGUAUGAAAUUAGUUAUUGUUUGCCCUAUCAUGAUCAUGUUUUAUGAUACCAAAACGACUUGUUAACGUUAGUACCUCCUCCUGAUCAAAUAACAAGGUGUGAAAUGUGCGCUUGAGAAUGGUGUCCUUCCAGAAAGAGCAAAUGUGUCGUUGAGAUAUAAUCGUGUAGCCAAAUAGCUCCUUGGGUAUGAGAUAAAUGAUUAAAUAAUUCUUGUGUAGUCAUGUUAGUCCUCCCCCGCACUGAUUCCAAAAGGAAUCAAAGAUAUUUUAAUAAAUUACACAAAGACUAUACCAACUAAGCA